ACAUACAGUCAUACACGGAUCCUCAUCCUCUAUUCCUCCUGUAAGUAUACCCAUCGAUCACACAAGGCACAAGUACACAAGGCACAAACACACAUACAGUCAUACACAGAUCCUCAUCCUCCAUUCCUCCUGUACCCGUGGACUACACAAGGCACGCGAGUGCGUACGCACGCAUACGGACGUACUCCGUUGAGAGCUCGGAAGGCUAAUUGGUGAUGGGCCGCCACAGCAGCAGCAGCAGCAGUGGCAAGACCGAGGCCGCCGGCGAGCAGUACCGCAAGGAGGAGAAGCAUCACAAGCACAUGGAGAAGUUGGCCAAGCUCGGCGCCGUCGCCGCCGGAGCAUACGCAAGGCACGAGAAGCACGAGGCGAGGAAGGACCCGGAGCACGCAAGGUCGCACAAGAUCAAGGAGAAGAUCGCCGCCACAGUCGCUGCUGGCAGCGCGGGAUUCGCCAUCCACGAGCACCACAAGAAGAAAGAGGCCAGGAAGCACGCUCGUCAUGCCCACCGCCACUGAUGCAUUCAUGGAUGCAUAUGCACACAUAGACCCUAGCUAGUUAUCUUAUAUGUACGGCCGGUUACAUUCAUUCAUCUCGUUGUCUUGUUCCAUAGUACUAUAUUGCUGUUUGGUAUGUUUAUUAUUUUUGAUUCAUGCUAGGCCAUUGACGUCGUUGUGGCAUAGUAUGUUGGUACAUUCUUGUACAUGUUUGGGCACAUCUCCUCUAAUAAUCUAAAUGUCUUCUUUCGGGCA